AUGACGCUUUAUAUAUACUCUUCUACGUUUUAUAAAACUCGCCUUCUACGGCUUCUUGUAUCAUUUGAAUUUUCCGUUAGGGGUUCUUCUUUCUCUUCUUCUGCUUCAACCUCUUCCCAGCGAGCCCCUUCUUUUAUCAUUAAUUCUAUUGCUGCUUCUUCUCCUUCGUCAACCUCUUCCCAGCAAAACCCUUCCGAGCCAAACAACCAUGAAGUUUUUAUUAAUUUCAGAGGCAAAGACACCCGCGACGGUUUUCUCUCCUUUCUCUUUGAAUCUUUUAAGGAAAAAGGAAUCGAUACCUUCAAGGAUGAAAACCUUCAAAAAGGAACUGAAAUAACACCAGCCCUCAAGCAAACAAUUCAAGAAUCAUGUAUUUCAAUUGUCAUAUUCUCCAAAAAUUAUGCAGAUUCUCCAUGGUGCUUGGACGAGCUUGUUGUGAUAAAUGAAUGCAGAGAAAAGUCAGGGCAAAUAGUUUUGCCGGUUUUUUACCGUGUAGAUCCAACUGAUGUUCAAGAGCUGAGAGGCCCUUUCACAAGGGCACUUGCUAGGCUUUUAAAAGAUCACAGCGAUAGUUCACACAACCUGGGUGGAUGGUGCCAUGCUUUGAAGACCAUCAGCAACGACUUAAGUGCUUUUGUUUCGAAUGAGAUCAAAAAUGACCAAAUGCUAGUUCAAAGAAUCGUCAAUCGUGUUUCGGAGAUAUUAAGUCAUAUGCCAUCAAAUGCUAGUUACCAUGACAAGUUAGUUGGAAUUCUUUCGCGUGUCCAGGAAGUAAUAUCGUUAUUGGAUAUUGAUGUAAAUGACAGAAAUUGGAUAAUAGGAAUUUGGGGAAUGGCUGGUAUUGGAAAGACAACGCUUGCUAGUAUAGUGUUUUCCCAAAUCAAGGCUAAGUUUGAUGCCCACUGCUUUGUUUCAAAUGUCAAGGAACAGAUAAGGAAGGAAACAGAAAUUGUUUUAGGGGAUAAAAUCAUUCGUUCACUAUUGGGAGAGGAAAAUUUGAAAAUGGGCUCACCUCAUUUAGUUUUAGAUGACUGGAUUUUGAGGAGGCUGCAACGUAAAAGAAAGGUUCGUUAA